AGCAGAGGCUGAGCACAAAGUCCUGUAGCAGUUCGCUCACGGUCACGUGCAGUUUACGCUUCCAAUCCGACUGCGAUAACCGGUCUGACUGCAGGACGGGCAGCAGUUUUCAGGCUGAAACCUUGUCGUCCGGGGCCUCGAGUCUUGGCCAUGCUGAAGCCCGUGAGCGAGUGGAUUAAGCACAGUUUCCAGACGGUGGAGAAUGUGUCUUCGGACUCGCUGGAGCAGCUGCUGAAGGAGGACAGGGAUCGGGUGGUGCUGGUGGACGCUCGGAGUCAGGCGGAGUACGAGGUCAGUCACAUAGAAGGAGCCGUUCGGGUCGACCCGGACGCCAGCAACAUGGACAAUGUGGUCCAGCAGCUGGGCCUGCCAGACGUUCAGAAGGAGAAUAAAACGGUGGUGUGUUACUGUACAGUCGGGUACCACGGCUCGCAGAUGGCUCAGAAACUCAGCGGCUUUCUCGCCAAUGGUUCUGGCCGGCACGAGGAGGUCUUGCCGAGGGUGUACAACCUGGAGGGCGGCUUGGUGAAAUGGGCCAACGAGAGGAAGGAGAUCGUUGACGGCAGGAAUAAACCCACCGCCCUGGUCCACCCUUAUAACCAGGUGUGGGGCCAGCUGUUAGAGCCCGAGCUCAGGGCCUCUUUCUGAUUGUUCUGCUGAAUGAAAAUGUUCAGGAGCUGCCAGGCUGGAUUUCUGAACCACUGGAGAUCAAGAUCAACAGCACCAACGAGCCACAGCAUUACUGGUUUGCAGCAGUUUAGUCAGAGUGUUAGUGAAAAGGGGCAAUGGCUACUGGCUAAGGUUACUGCCUCCCCUGCACUCCGCACCCUCAGGGGAUGGAUGUUUUCGUGAGAUUGGUGUAUUUACUCCUCUGUAGUGAGUCAUUGCUGUUCCUCUUACAAUAUUCCUGAUGGCCGGUUGUGGUGAGAUAUUGUUCCUAACUUCGUGUGCGCAAUCGUUCUCAGAUACUGUGUUUAGAGUGCGUUCAAACAGUGCAGCUGCACUGACCUCAGUCAAUGAUGUUUGCAAUAAUCAAAAUAAACACAAAUAUUCUCAGUUCUCUCACCACAGUGGAUUGU